GGAUUCAACGAGCUUGUUGCUUGCCGUCCGCGAGACCGUCGUUGUCGUCGUCGUCGUCCGUCCGGUAGUCGCGAUCGCAUUGAACAUAUUAUUAUUAUUUCUAUCAUUAUCGUCAUCAUCGUAUUACAAUAUUUGACGGUGAUGGCCAGUGGUAACCUCGGUCUCUGCGGUAUAACACCGAUCGUAGUCGUGGUUGCUUCGCGUUAUUGUCUUCGCCGUCGUCACACCGUCGCCGCCGUCGCAUAGGAUAAUACCAUUUAAAUCGUGAAUCGCACGGACACGUGACGUCAUCUCGAUCGCAAUCAUUGCCGCCGGUAGUUGUGAGAGUGACGUGAGUGCCGGACGAUUGACGGCGGCGAGAUAUAAUAAAUGUUGUAGCGUCAAGCGGCGGAAAAAACGGAAAAAAAAUUAAUAAACCCACGACAGGCUAUAGUGGCGGCGAAGCGGCCGUCGCCGAACGCAGUGCCGCAUGGCCGCGGUGGCCGGACUUUACGGGUUCGGCGACGAUUCCAGGACUGUUGCCGCCCGGUUCGUGGAGAGACAGCGGUUGGCCAACAGGGAUUCGCCCACAGACACGUCACUGCCGAAACUCAGUACCCAAGACGAAGACGGCUGUGGUCCAGGGGCAAGUCUUGGCACAGGCCUCACACACGGUCAUCCUCAACACUGUUCGGGGAGUGCGACAUUCGAACCGAUACCGCACGAUCACGACUUCUGCGAAAGAGUAACAAUCAACGUGAGCGGUAUGAGGUUCGAAACGCAGCUGCGGACGUUGAACCAGUUCCCGGACACGCUGCUGGGAGACCCGUGUCGGCGGAUGCGGUACUUCGACCCACUGCGCAACGAGUACUUCUUCGACAGGAACCGGCCGACGUUCGAUGCCAUUCUCUACUAUUACCAGAGCGGAGGCCGACUGAGAAGGCCAACAACGGUGCCGUUGGACGUGUUCUGAGAGAUCAAGUUCUACGAACUCGGUGAACUGGCCACCAAUAAAUUUAGGGAAGAAGAGGGUUUUAUAAAAGAAGAAGAGAAACCACUGCCAAAACCCGAGUUCCAACGGAAGGUAUGGCUAUUGUUCGAAUACCCGGAGAGCUCACAAGCCGCUCGGGUGGUGGCCAUCAUAUCCGUGUUCGUCAUAUUGCUGUCCAUCGUGAUAUUCUGUCUGGAAACGUUGCCAGAGUUUAAACACUAUAAGGUGUUCAACACGACGACUAAUGGUACGAAGAUUGAAGAGGACGAGGUGCCUGACAUCACCGAUCCGUUCUUCUUGAUUGAGACCAUAUGCAUCGUGUGGUUCACGUUCGAGCUGUCCGUCCGCUUUCUCGCCUGCCCUAAUAAGUUGCACUUCUUCAAAGACGUGAUGAAUACAAUCGAUAUAAUCGCUAUUAUACCGUACUUCAUCACGUUGGCCACAGUGAUUGCUGAGGAGGAGGACCCCACGAUGAACCUGCCCAAGGCGCCGCAGAACCCGCAGGAUAAGAGCACCAACCAGGCCAUGUCACUGGCCAUACUCAGGGUCAUCCGGCUCGUGAGGGUUUUCAGGAUAUUCAAACUAUCCCGACAUUCCAAGGGAUUGCAAAUUCUUGGGCGCACCCUAAAAGCCUCCAUGCGAGAACUGGGACUGCUCAUAUUUUUCUUGUUUAUCGGUGUGGUGCUAUUCUCGAGCGCGGUGUACUUCGCCGAAGCCGGCUCAGAGAAUUCCUUCUUCAAGUCCAUCCCGGACGCAUUCUGGUGGGCUGUUGUUACCAUGACGACUGUGGGCUAUGGUGACAUGACACCAGUGGGCGUGUGGGGGAAAAUUGUCGGUUCACUGUGCGCGAUUGCCGGCGUGCUCACAAUCGCACUGCCCGUGCCCGUCAUCGUGUCCAACUUCAACUAUUUCUAUCACAGAGAGACUGACCAAGAAGACAUGCAAUCGCAGAACUUCAACCACGUCACCAGCUGCCCUUAUCUUCCCGGUACUUUAGGUCAACACAUGGUGAAAUAUCCGUCGGGUGGUGACUCGACGUCGGAUCUGAUGGACUUGGAGUCGGCCGACAAUUGUCUGCUGGACGCGGAGCUGGACGAACCACCUCUGUCGUUGCCGCCGCCGCAGCAACCCAAAAAGUUCAACAGCUGUGCCACCGUGGUCAGGCUCAACAACAACAGCAUCAAGAGGUUCAGUGUCGAAACUGACGUCUGACUAGCAGUAUUCAAAUUGCAAUCCGGCGGCCGUCCAGGUCUCCAAACGCCUAAAAGGUGCUGUGCUGUGAUAGCUAAGAUGUUUCCUUCGUUAAGUUACCUCCGACAAGUUUAUUUAUAAUAUUUUUUUAAGCGAAUAUUAAUAACGAUAAUAAAAAUUGUACUCAGAAUCUCACUCUUUUGAGGGGAUAAUUUUCUAAUAAUAAACCUAAUGAGCCAAUAUAAUUAUAUAUAAUGCAUAAUACCACAAUUAUAAUUAUCCAGAGCCGUGAGGAAAAAAUAUAGUAAACGGAUCGUCUCAAAUUGUUUUAUUUAAAAUUGUACGGGUUUUAAUACUAUAUAUUAUUAUAUUAUAUAUAUACUAUACCUAUAUACCAAUAAGCCUUAUUUGACUGGAUUAAAAAAAAAAAACAAUAUUUCUAAUACGUAUUUUAUUUAUUUAUUUUUUAUCUUAUAAGCCACCGCCGAUACUGAUACGAAAACUAUAUGAAAACAUAACGCGUUGGAGAUGCGAAAGCUUUUACAAUUUUUUAAAUACGAUUUUUUCCUUUUUUAUAAUGUAAAAUCUGUACCGAUUAUAAAUUCUCGCAACAAUCUUAUUAUGAUAUUUUUGAUCGCCUGUAAUAGUCUCUAUUAUCUAUGUAAUAAAUUAUUAGUCGCGAGUCUUCCGCGUUAGAAUAAUAACAAUAAUAAUAAAAAUAAUAAUAAUAAUAACAGUAAUAAUAACGAAGUCAUAAUAUUAUUAUAUUAAUUAUAAAUCUUUUUGAUUUUAUAUUAAUUUUUAAUCAACGUCAACAUUGUCCCCAUUGUACACAUUGAUGUAAUAACACGAAAUAACAUAAACCCCAUAUUAUAAAAAUACAGAUUUUGGUGAAUCAAAAUUGUUUUACUUCCGUAAAGUUGUGAGAUUUGAAACGAACGCGACAAGUACAUAGUAAUAUUUUCAUAUUAUUAUUUUGUCUAUCGAUUCACGCCUCUACGAUGAAUAUGAAUCACACACUAUGUGAACCAAAAUCAGUAGGACUCUUUUAUGGAUAGAUAUGUGUAUGAAUAAUACAAUAAUUAUUAAUAUUAAUAUUAUUAUUAUUAUUAUUAUCGUUUCGAUGGUAGAUAAUCUUUAUUUAUGAAAUAAUACAACUCAUAAUUAAGGUUGACCGCCGUUUUCGAUGGACACGUAUUUCAUAAUCGAUAACUUUAAGUCAAUAAAUAAUAAUAAUAAUAUAAUAAAUUAUUCUCCGUUCUUACAACAUAGCACGUAGGUAGCUGGUAGGUAAUACACUUUUACCACGUUUACCAUGCAAUCGUGUAUAAUAACAUUUCACCUGUCAUUUGUCAAAAACGUUCAGCAACAAAACGUCAAAAUAAUAUUAUUUAAAAACAUCCUACAAUACUUGAUCGUUGUUACGACAACAAUAAAAUAAUAUAUUUUAUGAAAACUCACAUCGAUUUAGGCCGCCGAAACGACCACCUUUUCAACUGAUUUUAUAUCAUCGUCCGUUUGUCGUUUUAGUUUUUAUGAUAAUAAUAUUUAUAAUUGCAAUACUAUAAUAUAAUAAUACGACUUUAACAGUUAUUGUAUACAGACAUAGUUUACAAUUUUAAUGCCUGUUAUAUACGUUUAUAAUAUGACGUAGUAAUAUUAACCGUGCUUUGGGUUUUUUUUCGUUUUUAAAACUUUUAAUUCUAAAUUAUAAUCACUCUACCGUCAAUAAUUUUUUUUUCGGUGCAUUUCGUCUGAGAAAAAAAUGGAUUACAGGGUAAUUCGAUACAGUCCGUCGGAAACAUUAAUGGUAUUAAAUACCACACCAAACGUUAUUGCAUUUAUUUUUUCCUUGUAUCGGUCAAAAGGAUUCACAAUCAAUCAUUAUCAUCGUCAUCGUAAUAAUAAUAAUAAAAUAUAUAUACCAUAUUAUGCAACACUACACCUAUAAUACUAAAUCUAAACCCUAAUCCCAUUUUUUCCGAUAUGACCUAUUAAUCGGCAUACAUACUUUCAUUCGCAUUCACAUAUAACAAAUUGGUAGUUAAUUAUUAUGAAGACACAGUGUUAUUGAGUUAGAAUUUUUCAAAUGAUCGUAAUUAUUAUGAUUAUAAUUUUGUAAUUUCUUACAACACUUUUCAUGCUUUUAUUGGAAUUUUUUAUUAACUUCUUUUGUUUUGUUAUUGAUCCAUGAUAGGUCGACGUCAGACUUAUAAAACUAUAAUUAAUUAGUUUAAAAACAAACUUCAAUAUCUAAUCAAACGACGAUAGAAUGGAAAUGAAAAUGCGCAUACCAAAACAAUAACAACAGUUUAUUUUUGCGUUCCGGAAACGAAUUUUGAUACAAAUGUUUCAACACGUUUUUACGUGAUAAUAAUAUGAUUAUAAUUAUAAUAUUAAUGGUCGUCAUUGCGGAUGUAUAAAUCGCAGUGUUUUUCCCCAUAAAUUACUUAUUUCUAUCUAACUUAGAGACAUUUUAAUUAUGGUUUUAAGAAAUUAUUACCUACUUUAUUAGAAAUCCACGACUGUAAAAUUUACAAAACUAAAUUUUGUAAGAAAAAAAAAAUAUUGUAAUUUCUACGUUAUUUAAUACAAAUAAUAGUAAUAACCUACCAAUUUAUGUAAAUAUUUUAAAAUAUAAAUUACUAAUUUUCAUUAAAUAUCUACUAAAAAUAAUUGAUUUAGAUAUUGUUACGUUUUUUUUUCAAAUUUAGGCGAUAGUCGAGUAGGAGAGUGCCAAUAAUAUCUAUCAGGUAUAAAUAAUAAGAUAAAAAUAUCCUAACAUUUUUUUUAAAAAUAUUAAAAAAAGUCUUGACCUUAAUAACGACCACAAUUUUUUUUUUAUUACAAAAAAUCAAUUAAAUAAUUAUUUUAAUACUUCAGUAAAUUAAUUAAUAAUUCUAUGUCGAUUAAAAAUGUAUUAGCAGUGGUUUUAUUUAUCGACGACCAACGUCAUCUCGGAGUUGUAGGUAUUAUUUAUUCUUUAAACAUACAAUGACAUAAAGCUGAUACUAUGAUGUUAAAUAUCUACUAUUUUAUAUGGCUGUUGAAUUAUGAAUAUUGAAUUAAUUUUAAUAACAUUUUUCGAGAUAAUAUUUUGAUUCACUAAAAAUACUGUAAACUCAACUAAUAAAUAAAUAUACUGAAUAAAAAUUAAUUAACCUAAACUAUCUUAAAAUUCUAAAAAAAUAUAAAAUAAAAAGUUUACUUUUAUGUAUCCAAAACAGGAAGUUUUUGAACUUAAUAUGUGUUCUUCUAAAGCCCAUCCCCCCAAAAAAACACAAUUAUUGUGAAAACGCCCUUCAUUAAUAUAUCUACUUACGUGUAUCCUGUAUUACUAUUACAUCAUUUAAAACUCACUAAAUUCAGCUUCACGAUAGUACCUACCUCUGCUUAUAGCUAAUGAUUGUAUUUUGUUAUGCGAUUAACUAUUAAUUUCUUGUUUUUCGAACGGUAGGUCGUAGGUACCUAUCUAACAGGAAAUAAAUUAAGGCAUACGCCUCCACGCGACGCGAACGGUUUAUUAUUACAUACCUUACAUAGGUUGCCUAUGGUGUGGAUGAUUUAAGCUUUUUUUAUAAACCUAUAUAAAUAACGAUAAUAAUAAUGAUACUGAGUAACACUUGCAAUUUUUGUACUGGUAUUUGUAUAAUAGGUAUUAACGUUUUCUUUACCGAUGUAUUCAUUAAUAAUUUAUUAUUAAAAUUAUAUUAUUAUUGUUAUGAUAUUAUUAUUAUUAUUACUAAUAUCGUUGGACGAAUAAAUAACUAUUAUUAUUAUUGUUAUUGUUUAAUUCGACCUAUACGUUAAAUUGUUUGUAAAACAUUGUGCAAUUUCUAUUUAUUAUUAUAUAAUAUGUGUGUACAAUGAUUAUAAUAAUAAUAAUAAUAGUAAUAAUAAUAAUAUUCAACUUUCUUAUUACAAUCAACCAGAGCAUGUUAUUAUUUAAUAAACUUGUCAAUUGCAACGGAUUGGAAAAAAAAGGCUGCACAAUUAAUAUUAUUGUUAAUAUAAUAUUAUAUUAUAAUAGAGAUUAGAAUGAUUUUUGUUUUUUUUAUUAUUAUUAUUAUUGUUAUUAUUAUUUAAAUAACGAGAAUAAGACAGAAAAACUUUUUUCUCAAAAACGGUUUGUCGUUUUUUUUUUUUUUAAUCGCGAACUAAAACCGCAGCCGAGAACCUGUUUUUUUUUCUUUUUUGAUAAACCUAUGUCUACACUCGUAUCAUUCGGCUAUCGCGCGCAAUGCGGAUUUUAUGCGAAAAUAAAAGCUUUUUUACUGCACUUCUUUAUCGUUGUUUUGAAUAGUUGUCUUAAUAUUAUAUUCUAAGGGAGUAAGAAAUAUAUAUUAUAUGCAAAAAAAAAAUAUAAUAAUAUUAAUGUUAAACACGUCUAACACGUACACCUUCACACGUUGUAAAAAAUUAAAUAAAUACGUAAUACUAAAAUGCAAUUUAAACAUAAUAUUAUUUCAAAGAAGAAUGAUUUUCCAAAUACAAUUUCAUAAUAAUUAUUAUCGACAAUCUUAAUGUGUAUUUUGAAACGAUUAAUCGGUGCAAAAUGCGAGUCGUGCAGUCAUCAUACAUAAUAUGAUGCGCACGUAUAGGUACGCUUCGCGGGUUUUAAAAUAUUUCAAUUGAAAAACCAUAUAAUUUAUAUAAAAUAUAAUAUAAUAUUGUUAAAACACAAUAUCACAUUUCUUUGAUAAAUUGAUAUUAUAUUUAUUGUUUUUCGUGGGAAAAAGCAAUAAUAGUUAUACUCUAAUUUUUUUUUCAAUCAAUUUAUUCAAUUUUUUUGAUUUUUUACUUUUAAGAAGUUUUUAGACUAUAUUAUAUUAUAAUAAUAAUAUCUGUCCCCAAAUUUGUGUUCUUAAACCAUAAGUCCACACGCGUUGUACGCAUAUAAUAAUAAUAAUAAUUUUUAUGAUAGAUACUUUCCCGCUAUGGCGCUAUAACAGCAUUGUCAUUACAGCGCAAUCGGAAAUCUGAAAAAUUAAUUCGGUCGCGUGACCGCGUGUUCUCAUUUAACAAUUACAUUGUUAUAAAUAAUAAUAUUAUUUACCUGCCUACGUUUAAUCGAUCCAAAACCGAAUAUUGUAUUAGAUUUUAAUAUCAUAGUCACAUCUCAAGUUUUCGAAGGGAAAAAAUCUCUAUAAUUAUUAAAAUGUAUUGCUAUUAGGCCAAAACGAAUAUAUAACAGCCGCGAGACGCUCGUACGUUUUACUCGUUUCAUUCAUACGUUCUUCCUAUUUAUAUAGUAUAGAAUAGAUUCGUAUUAUUAUAUCAAUAUGCGUUAAAUAUUUAUACAAUAAUAAUAAUUAUUUUUUAUCCUAUCAUCUUUAUUAUUGUUGUAGUUAUUUAUUAUUAUUAUUAUUAUUUCUAUUACUAAUAAUA